AUGAGUGUGGCGGCAACUGCAGGGAAGCUGGCACGGACACCAGCCGACCCAGGGAAAGCCGGGGGUCCCGGAGUUGCAGCUCCCAGGGUCCCGGCAGCCGCUCCGCCGGCGAAAGAGCUCCCGGAGGUCCUAGUGGACCCGCGCAGCCGGCGGCGCUACCUGCAGGGACGCUUUCUGGGGAAGGGCGGCUUUGCUAAGUGCUUCGAGAUCUCGGACGCUGACACUAAGGAGGUGUUCGCUGGCAAGAUCGUGCCCACAUCGCUGCUGCUCAAGCCACAUCAGAAGGAGAAGAUGUCCAUGGAGAUAUCCAUUCACCGCAGCCUCACCGACCAGUACAUCAUAGGCUUCCGCGGCUUUUUCGAGGACAACGACUUCAUAUUCGUGGUGUUGGAGCUCUGCCGCCGGAGGUCUCUCCUGGAGCUGCACAAGUGGAGGAAAGCACUGACUGAGCCGGAAGCCUGCUACUACCUUCAGCAAAUUGUCCUUGGCUGCCAGUACCUGCACCGAAACCGGGUUAUUCACCGGGACCUCAAGUUGGGCAACCUUUUCCCGAAUGAGGAUCUGGAGGUGAAAAUAGGGGAUUUUGGACUGGCAACCAAAGUGGAACAUGACGGGGAACGCAAGAAGACCCUGUGCAGGACUCCUAAUUACAUAGUUCCUGAGGGGCUCAGCAAGAAAGGGCACAGUUUCACGGUGGACGUGUGGUCCAUUGGGUGUAUCAUGUAUACAUUGUCAGUGGGCAAACCACCUUUUGAGACCUCUUGCCUCAAAGAGACCUACCUCCGGAUCAAGAAGAACGACUACAGUAUUCCCAAGCCCAUCAACCCUGUGGCUGCCUCCCUCAUCCAGAAGAUGCUUCAGACAGAUCCUACUGCCCGCCCCACCAUUCAUGAGCUGCUCAAUGACAACUUCUUGACCUCCGGCUACAUCCCCACCCGGCUCCCCAUCACCUGUCUCACCAUUGCACCCCGGUUUUCCAUCACUCCCAGCAGUCUGGACCCCAGCAGUUGGAAGCCUCUCACAGUCCUCAAUAAAGGUAUGGAAAACCCCAUGCCCGAGCAGCCCCGGGAAAAAGAGGAGCCAGUGGUCCGGGAGACCAGUGAGGUGGUUGACUGCCACCUGGGUGACAUGCUGCAGCAGCUACACAGCGUCAAUGCGUCCAAGCCCUCAGCGUGGGGGCUGGUGAGGCAAGAGGAGGCUGAGGAUCCCGCCUGCAUCCCCAUCUUCUGGGUUAGCAAGUGGGUGGACUAUUUGGACAAGUACGGCCUCGGGUACCAGCUAUGCGACAACAGCAUGGGGGUGCUCUUCAAUGACUCGACACGCCUGAUCCUCUACAAUGACGGCGACAGACUGCAGUACAUAGAGCGCGAUGGCACAGAGUCCAACCUCACCGUGAGCUCCCAUCCCAACUCCCUCAUGAAGAAGAUCACUCUCCUGAAGUAUUUCCGGAACUACAUGAGUGAACACUUGUUGAAGGCGGGUGCCAACAUCACACCCUGGGAAGGCGAUGAGCUCAGCCGGCUACCCUACCUGCGCACCUGGUUUCGCACCCGCAGCGCCAUCAUCCUGCACCUCAGCAAUGGCUGUGUGCAGAUCAACUCCUUCCAGGACCAUACCAAACUCAUCCUGUGCCCGCUGAUGGCAGCCGUGACCUACCUUGCCGAGAGGUGGGACUUCCGCACGUACCACCUGAGCCUGCUGGAGGAGUACGGCUGCUCCAAGGAGCUGGCCAGCCGGCUCCGCUACGCCCGCACCAUGGUGGACAAGCUGCUGAGUUCCUGCUCGGCUGCCAACCGUCUCAAGGCCUCCUCGUAG